ACUUGGUAGGAGGGAAACAGCUGAAACUGAAACAGAAGAGUGAAGAAGACGAAGAGGAAGAAGAAGAAGAAGCAAGCGUCAUCGAAAGAAGCCUUUAACCUUAAAAAUCACUGGUCGCCGAGUUAUAAAAACAGCUCGAAAGUGGCGAAACUAUCGAGUCUAUUCUCCUGCUGUUACUACCCACCGCCACAGUUCUCCGUUCAUGGAGAAAUGGCCACCCUCAGAGUCCCCGAUGUGGUUCCUUCCCCGACCGACGAUUGCGAGAGACUCAGAAAAGCCUUCAAAGGUUGGGGAACGGACGAGAAGACGGUGAUAUCAAUAUUGGGGCACCGGAAUGCCAAUCAGAGGAGGAAGAUAAGAGAAACUUAUCAUCAGCUCUACAAUAAGUCGCUUAUCGCUGAUCUCGAGUCCGAGCUCUCCGGUGAUUUCGGAAAAGCGGUGAUCUUAUGGACGUACGAUCCGGCAGAGAGGGACGCGAGGCUGGCGAAGCAGGCCUUACAGACGACGAAGAGAGGCAUAAAUCACCUGCAUCCCAUCAUAGAGAUGGCAUGUGCCCCUUCAUCACCUCACCAUCUGGUAGCCGUGAGGCAGGCCUACUGCUCUCUCUACGAUUGCUCGCUGGAAGAAGACAUCGGCUCCACCUUAAGUUUGCCCCUCAGAAAGAUCCUUGUUGGGUUGGUCAGCUCCUACAGGUACGAUAAGGAGGUCAUAAGCAUGGAUGUGGCUAAUUCGGAGGCUGACCUCCUGCACAAUGCAAUUGACAAGAAGCAACUGGACCAUGAUUACGUCGUGUGGAUCCUCAGUACAAGAAACGUCUUCCAACUUCGAGCAACCUUCCAAUGUUACACGAAGAAAUUUGGGAAUCCCAUCGAAGAGGACAUCAAGAACAGCGGGAAGGGCGAUUUGGAGAAUCUCCUGAGGGUGAUAAUCAUUUGUCUGGACUCUCCCGAGAGGCACUUCGCUGAGGUAGUCCAAAACUCCAUUAUAGGGAUCGGGACAGAUGAAGAUAUGCUCACCAGAGCCAUUGUGACCCGAGCUGAGGUAGACAUGAUGAAAGUCAGAGGCGAGUACUUUAACAUGUACAAGAGCAGCAUGGACAAUGCAGUUAUUGGAGACACCUCAGGAGACUACAAAAAUUUCCUUUUGACAUUGCUCGGAGCGAAAAUAUGAAGUGACAUUCUCUUAUGCAUUUAUUUAUUUGUCAUGGGGACUGUAAGAUGUUAAAAUAUUCUGCUUCAUUCAACUGUUUUAAAUUUGCUGCUUGCAUAUGACAUGAACCUUGUGCUUUCGACCAGAGGACAUUUGAUUGAUUUUGUGUGCACAUAAACCUUGAAUUCC